AUGUUUGCUGAGGGGAAAUGGAUAGAGAAAAAUGAAAUAUUGAGUGCGAAGGGAAACGGAGGGGACAUCAACCCUAAACCAGUCUCUAUGAGCACUGGUAUUAUAUAUGAGGGGAUAGGGAGCGAGAGCACAGCGCAUGAAGUGCGGGGAUGGGAGAUAGAGAGGACAGGGAGGGGACUGGGAAGUAGUAAAAUAUUCUUGAGCGGGACUGACAUCAUCUGCAUUAGAGCCGUUCAUAUUCCUCCUGAGAUCCAUAGUUUUGCAUUUCGACGUGAAGUGUUGGAAAUCCAAAGGUCUGAUGGCAUCGACUCGAUCGGUGCAAUCAAGGUCUCACUGGCCCUCUGCCUUAUGAUGGUCUUCAUUCUGGUCUACUUCUCGCUCUGGAAGGGAGUUAAGAGUACCGGAAAGGCCGUUUGGGUGACAGCACUGAUGCCCUAUUUUGUGCUUUUUAUUUUGCUCAUCAGAGGUGUGACCCUUGAGGGCUCAAUGGAUGGCAUCAAGUAUUACUUAUCUCCCUCUUGGGAUAAAUUAUAUUCAAUUAAUGUUUGGAUAGACGCGGCCACACAAAUAUUUUUCUCGUUAGGACCCGGAUUCGGUACUUUAAUGGCACUUUCGUCAUAUAAUAAAUUCCAUAACAAUUGUUACAGAGAUGCCAUAUUCACGAGUACUAUCAACUGUUUGACCAGUUUUAUGGCUGGGUUUGUCAUAUUCUCGGUAUUGGGAUAUAUGGCUCACAAAAUGGACAAAGAUAUCAGUGAUGUGGCCGCUGGAGGUCCCGGCCUGGUAUUUAUAGUAUAUCCGGAAGCUAUUGCCACUAUGCAUGGCUCAGUUUUCUGGUCGAUAUUGUUUUUUGUUAUGCUUAUAACACUUGGUCUGGACAGUACUUUUGGAGGCUUAGAAGCCAUGAUUACCGGUCUAUGCGAUGAAUUUCCUAGUCUUUUGCGACGAAAUCGCGAAAUAUUUGUUGCAUUCAUCAUACUGUUUGUUGGUGUUAUGUUUUCGGAUCAAAUACAAGAAAUGCUUGGUAUGAGACCCGGCAUAUUUUGGCGCACCUGUUGGAAAUAUAUCAGCCCUUUCUUUUUAGGAGUGUCCAAAUGCGAAGCCUCCCAAAUUGUAUCGUACUUUAGCAACCACCCUUUCAUAUUCUUUGCCGCGUUAUUUGAGUUCAAGAACCUGGAGGUGGAAGACUACGUGUACCCAAAUUGGUCUAUUUUUGUGGGCUGGCUCAUCACCCUGUCAUCCAUGUGUUGCAUCCCUUUCUAUGCCAUCUAUAAGUUCAUAUCAUUGAGUGGAUCUCCAAUUGAACGCUUUGUGAAGUCAUUUAAACCCGAGUCCAGCGGCGAUAAUAACUGA